CGCUGGACCGGAUCCGCGCCGAGUUCCGGUCGGACACCGAGAGCCUUGCCCAGUCGGAGGCGGCGCUCAGCCUGCCCGACGACGGCGCCUUCGUCGACGGCGUCUCCAUGACACCCACCUACCAGCGGGGCAGCCAGAUCACGCUGGGGUUCAGUUUGGAGGAUCUACAGCAUGAGGUGCAGAUGACGCCGCUACGUCGCAUGUCCACCUCUGUCACCGGCUUCUUCCGCGGAAUCCCCGGCUGGUUCCGCCGCAACUACCAGCAGGAGUCCUAGGAGUCUCGGCUCCGUCGCUACUUCCACCACGAGUCCUAGGUGGACCUUCGAUUCUGAUACAAGUGACCUAAAGAGCAUUAGGCAGAGCAUUCUUACGGCGAAAUACGCGUCAGAAGACCAAGAGGAGUCGCUGUCGGAUUCAUUCUGACAAGCUCCCUCUAGAUCAUUGUUACGUUGAGCUUUUCGUGGCGCUUCUUGUGUGUUUCUUGUUUCUGUCUCUAAGCGUGGUAGACUUCAUAAUGUUUUUAAGUUUAGGGCUUGCGCAUUCGUCGUUUAUGCAUGU